AGAUGGUUGCCAUGGCACAACUGCUGUAAAUUCAAUUUAAGGCAGUGCCAUCAUGACAUCAUCAUCCAGCCAGUGGUGUGUGUAUAUAUAUAUAUACCCCUCCCAAUCUGAGGGACUUGAGACCGUUUGCUGGUUCAGGACAGGUAGGAUAUAGUCCUAGAUAGGAACCUACAGUACAGUACAGUUUAGGUGUGUACGAGUUUGUGUGGGAGCCCUUUGGACUUUUAGAGAAUCCCUCUUGGCCCUGUGCUGUGUGACUGUUUUAGCUGCUGAAGUGAUUGUGAACCAUCGACCGACCAUGUGUUCGGGUAGCUUUGCCAAGUGUCUGGGUAUCACCCUGAUCCCCCUGGCCAUCCUGUGUGUUCUCUGCAACAUCCUGCUCUUCUUCCCUGGGGGGCUGGUCGCAGAAGACAAUAACCACAUCACCAAUGAGGUGUUUUACUUUGGGGGUAUCAUGGGAUCUGGUGUUAUGAUGAUCUUCCCAGCGCUGGUCUUCCUGGGCCUUAAAAACAAUGACUGCUGCGGUUGCUGUGGCAAUGAGAGUUGUGGAAAGAGAUUUGCAAUGUUCACCUCUAUCAUCUUUGCUGGGGUGGGGGUUCUGGGGGCCGGCUACUCCUUCAUUGUGUCUGCUGUUGCCAUUCACAACGGACCCAAAUGUCUCUAUACGAAUGGCACAACAGAGUUGUGGACCAAUCCGUUUGUCAACGGUGACUACCUGAAUAACCACACCCUGUGGGAGGGCUGUAAAGAGCCUGAAGGCAUCGUGACCUGGCACCUGACUCUGUUCUCCAUGCUGCUGGUCAUGGGUCUGCUGCAGGUUGUGCUCUGUGCCAUCCAGGUCGUCAACGGUCUCAUCGGGGCCAUCUGUGGAGACUGCUGCGGCUGCUGUGGUGGGGAGUAGUGAUGAUGCCGUCUGAGGAUCCGUGAGCCCCUCAGAAGAAGACCGAAGACUUCUUAUAUCAACGACACUGACUGGCUUUCUAUGAGGUCCAUAUGAUUUUGUUAAAUAUUUGUAAAAAAUAUAUAAAAUAAUAUUUUUAAAAUCGACCAUUUCCAAACCUACCUAGCUUGAUGGCCUUUUGCUUGGGUGGUCGGUCUUAUGACAGCAGAGGACAUUUAAGAGCCACAUUAAGUAUUUCUAUAUAUAACUUUUUAAAAUGUAAUUAAAUCAAACUUCUUAUUCUAUAUGUUAAAAACAUGAAAGCACUUUCAACAUUUCAUAGUAUAAUUCCAUAUUAGUUUGUACCUUAAAAAGACAGAACACUUGGCAUCUAUUAAAUAUUAGUCUCUGGGCUUAUUUCAAUUGCAAAUUAUUUUCAAUAUUCAAAAAACACAUGAAAACCCCCUUCAUAGAGGUUUAUGACAGAGUGUGUGUACACUGUGGGCCACACCUGUGUGAGUCUUAUCGGAGAAGGCUUGUGGGUGUCAUUUUAUAACUUUAUUCUUGCUAGUUCCUGUUUAAUGGAGGGACAUGACGAGAUUCCCUCCUCUGUGUCAAUGUUUACUGUAACGCCACAGGGUUACUAAGGAGUCUGUCGUGUCGGGUUUUCAGCGACUUUAUGGUGGGUUCCGCUAUAUUAUACAAAACACACUGCAAUGUAGCUUUCUCCAACCCUAUUUACAUAUAUCGAUGGUAGAACCUGAACAUUUACAUUCUUGUUAGAACAUUCACUCUGGAAAACAGAGGCAAUUGUUACUGAGUGGAUUAUCCUAGCUAAAUAAAUACAAAUGAAAUUCAACUUUUACUUUAUAUACAUUUCUCUGGGUAGACCAAGUUGUCCUUGGACUGCUCCCGAAGGUGGGGGGGGUGUGUAUGUUUUGUAUACUAGCUUAUUUUACCUAGAGAGUAAUAAUGUUCGUAGGUCAUUUUUGGUUCCCUAUACGGUUGUGUGUGAUCUGUGGCUUGUUGUGAUCAAGAGUGAUCUUCUGUAAUAAAUGGCAUCAAUAACAAAUAAAAAAACAACACAAAGA